AUGGUCGACAUUAAGGUCAACUCCGCCGUACAGAAGGGCAUGCCGUUCAAGUUCUACCAGGGAAAGACCGGUCGUGUCUGGAACGUCACCAAGCGCGCUCUUGGCGUGGAAGUCAACAAGCAGGUGAACACCCGCAUUGUGCGCAAGCGCCUUCACGUGCGCAUUGAGCACCUGACGCCCUCCCGCUGCAACGUGGACUUCAAGGCGCGGGUGAAGGCCAACGAGGAGCACAAGGCUGCCAACGCCGAGGCCCGCAAGGCCGCCGGCGGAGCCGCCAAGGAGAAGAAGUACAAGAAGCCGGCGCCCAUGACCCUCGAGUACCUGCAGGCUCUGGAGAAGCGCAACGCGCGCCCGAAAAAGUCGGACGAGGAGAAGGCGAAGCUGCAUGAAGAGGACAGGAAGAAGCGGGCGGUGAAGGCGCUGGAGCCGCCCGCUCCGGUGGUGGUGGGCGGCAAGAGGAAGCCCCUGGGCCCCCGGCCAGGGUUCCUUGUGCCCGGCACGACCAUGGAGACUGUUACGCCUAUUCCGUACGAUGUGGUUAACGAUCUUAAGGGAGGAUAUUAA